AUGGCUAGCCUAAUCUACUCACGUAAACCGUGUAGCCGCUUCCUAUGUUGUCGCGUCAUUGGGACGCAGUUGGACGUCAUCGCGGCUGUCGCUCUCCCUGGUUUUGACGCCCAUGGUGGGGGAGUUGGAAUGCAUUUGAUUCAUCUGCCCCCGCUACCCGGCGAGGCGAAGCAAACGUCCCGUCGCCGACACAAGGAUGCGGUAGCCGGGCACCACCAACCACUCAGGACGAGGGGCACAGAGCUGACCAUUUGAAAACACAUGUUCACCGGUAUAAUUUUUUGAUGUCAUAAUAUCGUCUAUCUAUUCUCUCUGUUCUGCUUAAUAUUGUUUUUUUUAUUUUGAUUCCCUGGCGCUCAAACCCCAAAAAUGCACGGUCAAUGUACCCAAAUCGGACAGUGGAGUGGGUUGCGCUACGGACCUUCAAGGGUAACCUUUAGUUGCAUUAAUAAUAGCUGUUCGAAUGUAUAUUUAGACAGCUUAGUCAGUGGAUAUGUACUAUAAAUAGGGGGACCAGUGUGGGAAUGGAAAUCAGCGUUAAUCAGUCAUCUGUUGAGGUGCGUUGGAACAGUUGCAUUGGCAUGUGUUAAAUUAGAUCUGUAUUUGAUUUUACACAGGCUGUAUCAGCAAAGUGUCUUUGAUCGGCCUAGGAAAAGCCCAUAAUCUAACACUGUUCUUCAAUAAUUGACAGGACGUUUUGUUUUUAUUUUGGGAUUGCAAUGCGCAAAUGUUGCGGCACUGUGCUGCUCUUUACCCUUUAAUUAUUGAAUAUGCAGUUGCACUUCUGCUUUGCUGAUAGGGCGAUUUGUUCACGUAAGAGUUCUAUGUUGUAACGGUCUGGAUUUAAGGCCUAUAAAAUCCAACCAUAUAGGCUAACAAAGCUGUUACUUUAAAUCAACAAACAGCAGCAGCCAAUAUGCUAUUUCAAUGGGUUGCAACAUUUACUAAGACUGUAUCAUUUAUCAUGAUUAUUUAUUAGGUUACAUAGGCCUAAUUAUUAUUUAGUUAUUACUAUGAUUGAUUUUAGGAACGCUUGGGACACUAGGGAAUAUUGAACCAAUUGACUGCUCUCUGUUGGUCCACUUAUGGUCAAGAUAUGCAGUGUGAUGUAACAUCCUUGUGGCCCAGCCCUCUUUCCCCACUCCAGUUACAGCAAGGCUGCAACAGUAGUGCCUUGUCCCUGCUUGAAGCCUAGCUCUUAUGUCAAAAUGGCAUCAUUCCAAGGUCUAGGCUGUGGGCUGUAUCCUAUGGUGCUCCAUGUUCAUCUAUUGAAUCAAUGUGGAGAUGUUCAGCAUUGGAAUAUUGCCAAGUGUAGGCCUAGUGUGUUGUUUAUUGAUAAAGUUGUGCAGAUAUUAUUGUAUUGCACUAUAGCUUAAUAAUUCAAGUGAUAUAUUUGUAAAAAAUUGGGAUGCAAAAAAAAAUCACACUUGCCAUAAAAUGUAUGUGAAUUUGCUCCUUAUUGUUUAUCUCUUCGAAACAUUCCGUUUUGUCUCAUAUGUUCUCAGACCCAUUUUCUUAUCUCAACUCCACAUCUCUUCCUUUCCUCCUGUAGUCAUUCUUAAAUACCAAAGGCCAGUCCCGAUGGACUUAGUCUGGGCUGGUUGUGAUUUCUCCCCAAUUUCCGCCGCCUUACGUUGGUGCAAUUUAAAGCUCAUUAAGCUUGCUCAAUGGAAAGUCUCCAUUGAAAGGUAUUUUCAGACACAGAUUUAAUAACAGGUUUAAUCCAGGUCUGUGCAACACAUCUACCCAUAACGUGGUACUUGUACUUUUUACUUGUGGAGUGUGGACAGGAGGUAUACCAACAUUGACAUGAUAUGAUGACAGAGGGUGAUAAGACCAUUUUUCACAUUCAGGAUUCAAGAUGCCAGCCAAAAGCACACCACAGUGGUUCCCAAAAUAUACAGUACUGUUGGCCUAUAUACCAAGUACACAGGGGCAAUAUUUCUAGCUAGGACCCAGUCUUAAGCCACAACUCAAAAGGAAGCCACCAGUAGGUUUUGACCCCCAUGGUAGACACUGGCUUGACUCACUUUGUUCAAUUGUCUCUUUUGUCUCUCUUCCUCAGGUGUGGGCGAACCACCGUCCCACCGCUCCCCAAACAUGGCUGCGUCAUCCGUCCCUUCCACGGCCCCGGUCCCGUCCCCUCCCAAACGCUUCCUGGUUCUCUUCGACUUCGACGAGACUAUCGUCAACGAGAGCAGCGACGAUGCAGUGGUGCGCGCCGCCCCGGGCCAGCAGCUCCCCGAUUGGCUGAGACACUCGUACCGCGAGGGCUACUACAACGAGCAAAUGCAGCGCAUCCUGGCCUACAUGGCUGAGCAGGGCGUCACUGAGGACUCCAUUCGCUCCAAGGUCGAGCAAAUUCCCCCCACGCCCGGCCUUCUCACUCUCUUCCAGUACCUCCAGUCCCACAAGCAGGACUUUGAGUCGGUGGUGGUCUCCGACGCUAACAUGUACUUCAUUGAGGCGUGGCUGGAGAGGGCCGGGGCUCGCCACCUCUUCCACAGGAUCUUCACCAACCCGGCCAGCUUUGAUGCUCAGGGGCGCCUGGUUCUCCUGCCCUUCCACACCCACGGCUGCCAGCGCUGCCCUGAUAACAUGUGCAAGCAGGUGAUCGUACGGGAGUACCUGGCACGGCGCCAGCAGGAGCGUGGCGGCUGCCCCUUCCAGAGGGUGUUCUACGUGGGCGACGGGGCCAACGACAUUUGCCCCAUGCUGGCCCUGGGGCCCCGCGACACGGCCUUCCCCAGGAGGCACUUUCCCAUGCACCGGCUGCUGCAGGAGAUGCAGGACGCUGGGACGGAGGGCCUUAAGGUCAGUGUGGUGCCCUGGGCCAGCGGGCAGGACGUGGUGGACUGCCUGAAGAGGCUGGAGGAGGAGAGAUGA